AUGGACAUGCGUUCACUAAAGGGAAACUGUUACUGCAAGGUAUACGCUGCGACUACAUCCCCCUAUCUGGGCCCAGAACCAGAGACUUGGGAUUUCCAAAAGGUUCAGCAGUUCUUCCUCAUGUUACAUGUAAGCGACUUCUUCAUCCACCGAUCUUUCAUCAACAAGAUGCUUGAGCAGUUGGCUGAGCAAAUCAGCGCCCAUAGUAAGACGCUUGGUGGCCAACUUGCACACUUGACUUACUACCUGCACAGUCGCUCUAUAUAUCUGACCAAGAUGGGUUACAUCAUAGAGGAUAACGAGUACAAACUCAAAGGGCCGUGUGUUCACCCAUCACUCUUGGCCGGCGAAGCAAUUCUCGGCGAGAUGCCCAAGGGUUGGCGCCUAAGCUAUCCCAAACGUGGUGAAAAGCCUGUCCUUGAGGAUCCAGAUGGAAAGCGAUAUCAUAUAGACCCACGACUGGAUGAUAUCCCGAUCCCAGAGGAAUGGGAACUACGCUGGAGGGAUAAUGGUACCCCGUUCUGGUACAUUGCUACAGAAGAUCGAUGGACUAACUUUGAUCCAAGAGUCUCACUGGAAGGCCUUAGGAAGAGGGGGGUGAAAGCAAUUGACUAUGUACUGCGGUGA